AUGAAGCUGCUCCACCUCCUGCUUCUUGGGCUGGCAGGGCUGGUGUGGUGGACGUCGACCUGCCCCGUGUCGGCAGUGAAUGUAAUUGAGCUGCCCUGCGGCAGGAGCGAUGGCGCCCUCCUGUGCGUGGACUCGUUCGCCCAGGCCGUCAUCAACACGAUUGGCCUGGGCGAGCCGGGCAGCGUGGUGGUGAACGCGUUGGGCCAGGCCCUGCGGCUGUCGGGCGCCGACGUCACGAUGACCAACGUCACGGUGCUGGGGGGCCUCGAUGUCCGUAACUCGGCCAGUCUGACGCGGGUCAUCGUCGACAGCUCCGGCUUCGAUCGCCACGGCAUCACGGUGACCAACACCACGCUGCUGACCAUGGACUCGGUCACCGUCACUUCGGGCGCCACGGCUGACACGCACGCGAUCUACGCCGAGCGGUCGCACAUCAGUGCAGUGGGUCCGCUCACCGCCCAUGCCUCUGGAGCGGGAAGCCACGGCAUCUAUCAGGUCUCUGGGACCACCAACUGCGCCUCCACCCUCACCAUCCGCGCUGACGAGGGAGACGGCCUUCUGCUGCAGGCGGAGACUGGGUCGACCCAGACGUUCACCGUUGGUGGCUCGCUUGGGAUCGAAGCUGGAUUGCUGGCGAUCAACACUUCUGGCGUGAUCGUCAAGGUCCUCGGUUCUGCCGACGUCGCUUCCAAUGGGAGCUACGCCGUCGCGGCCUCCGCCUUUGGCACUGUGGAGUUCCUGAACGAGCGACCCAACGUGUACAACGCCAACAAACAGUUUCUGAUGGCCCAGGACGGCACGAUCGUGCUGCGCCAUGUACUAUCCAACCUCACGUUCGACUGUGACGGAGGCACCAUCUCGUCGGUGCCCUACUCCCACGUCGUGUCACCCGCGGUGGCGGCGGUGUGUUCGGUCAAUCGACUGGCGGUGGUGCUUCUGGGCGACGAGGACGAGGUCGUCAUCGCCUCCAACACCGAACAACAGGGUCUCGUCAUGUCGCGCGUCGACGUCAACGUGAGCCAGGUCACCUUCGUCAACUUCCAGUACUACGACGACAUCGAUCCUUCCCCCAUCAGCUUCAAGACAUGUUUUUUCUAUCUCGGGCAUUCUCUGUCGCCGGGCGUGUUCGAUUGUCCGCUGUUUCUGGAGCGUCCCGGGUGGCGGGUGACGUUCCCGGUGACCUACCAGUACCUAACGGGCCUGGGCCGCACCACCGUGCGGGCCGUGAGCGGACCCGAAGUGCAGCCGCCCGCCGAGCCCGUGAUCUACUCCAACCAGAGCGCGCUCGUGCCGCUUGCCCUCCAGCUCAACGCCUCCUCGCCCAUCCUCGACAUCAUUCCCUCUUCCACUGAGUCCAAGGCCAACGUGGCGUUUGGCAACGUACAGGAGGUGACCCCGCUGGGCGAGGUGGUGUGCACGGCCGACAUCCAGGUGACGGGCAAGUGGGCGGAGAAGGCCAACUCGUCGUCGAGCGCCUUCCAAACGUUCGGCUUCUCGUCGCCGCUCUUUGCCGGCGCGCAGUCCAACACCACCCGGAUCGAGAUGGAGUUCACCCUCUUCAAGGCGGCCGACAACGUGACCUACGCACCCUCUUCGUCUUCGUUUUCGUCUUCGUCUUCGUUCUUUAGCAACUACUCGUUCGCGAUCGACCCGUCGCUGGCCAAGUUCUCGCUGUCGCUCCUGUCGUGGCCGUGGAGCUCGACCAACAACACGCUGCGGGUGAAGAUCAACAUCCGGCCGGCCUUCACCGACCACCGCGCCCUGGCCGGCGUCCCGCAGCCGCGCAUGACCACCCUCGAGCUGUUGGGCCAGCCCGACGUGCAGACCAACGUGCGCCUCGUCGAAUUCGCCUUCAACACCACGCACGAGCUCCCCGUCAACUUCGCCGCCGACCCCAGCGACUCCACCGUCGUGUUGGACUUUCCCUACUUCGGGGCCUACCUCUACUACGACCCAGACUUCUCGCUGCUGGUGGGCCACAGGAAGGAGGAGAGCGGAAGCGGCGGCGGGAGUGGCGACACGGCGCUGGUGGUGGCGGUGUCGGUGGUGGUGCCGGCGGCGGUGCUGUUGGUCCUGGUGGUCUUGGCCGGCGCGACGGCCGUGGCCUGGUGGCGCCGACGACAGAGCGCGGCCAGCUCCCGGGUCAUCAGCUUCGACGGCCACGAGGGCGACGAGGCCAGUGAAGCCCUGUGA